AUGUCCACAAUAGCCUCCCCGCGCGAGCCACCGCGCCGCCUACCAUCACAAACCCUCAUUACGCCAACGUCUUCCACGCGGCCCUCCCUCGACGUACCACGCUCGGCAACCACGUCGCCCAAUCCCAACAGCACGCCCACCAGCACCGCUGCAAACCCAGCCAAGCGCAACCGAGCUGCACUCCGAGAAUACUAUAACCUGCGAAACAAGACUGUGACGCCUAGUGUAGAAGUCACCGACGAACUGGGAGAGAAUCACGAGGCUUCCGAGGUGCCGCCAUCAGAGGUGGACAAGGAGGGUUUCGAUGCCGAGGCUUUCGUGAGGGAGAAGCUCGAAGGGUCCGGCAUGCAGGAGAUUCUCAAGCUAUAUACAAGGACUUUGAGUGAAAUCAGGGCGUUGGACGCUGAGAAGAAGGCACUGGUCUACGAUAAUUACAGCAAACUGAUUUCGGCUACGGAGACAAUCCGAAAGAUGCGCGCAAACAUGGAUCCUCUGAAUCCAAUGGCAUCGACACUAGAUCCUGCAAUUGCGCAGAUCUACUCUCAAGCAUCGGCUAUUAGGAAUACACUGCGAGAUGCUGUGCCCGAAUCCACCCAAGCACAAAUUGAGGCUGAAGAACAGAUGAAAAGAAGGCUACGAACAAAGCAACUCGCUUUGGAGGUCUUGGGUACACCAGACAAGCUUCGCAACCUUGUUAACGAUGGCCGGAUGGAAGACGCCAGGCAAGCGUGGAAAAUGCCACGAAAGCUUUUGCAAAAGUGGAUUGAGCAGGGAGUUGGAGGUAAGGAUGUAGAAGCUUGCAUUGAGGAUGGCGAUGCUGCCUUACGAGGAGAGGCAAGCCGGUUCAAUUGGAGGGCGUCAAAGACUGAUGGCGAUUGA